GGAAUAGCCGAUCUGUAGAGUGAAGUCUCCCAGUCCCAGCUGCGCGUGUAACCCUAGUCCGGUACUCCUCCCCCUCCCCUGCCCCGGAUUCCCAAUCCCAGUCCCAUCUUCCCCGCCGCCCCGCCACCGCCUGCUCCGCCGCUCCCGAGCACGCUGCGCUCUGCUGCAUGAAUAGUGAUCCGCGCUUGCUCCGAUAAGUUCAUGACUCUGCUGCACAUCAAUCAAUCAGAAUCAAUCAAUCAAAUUAAGUUUGUCGUAUUUCAUACUAUGUUGUAGUGAUGGAUCAGAGCGAGGGCUCCGCCAAGGUUGUGCGGGGCAGAGGCAGGAACAAGAGGAAGUGGACAAUGGACGAGGACGAGGAGCUGGUCAGGGCCCUCUGCGAGGUGUCCACCGACGCCAGGUUCAGGGCCGAAGGAGGGGGCUUCAAGAACUGCUACACCCAGGGGAUAGAGAGCCUGCUCGCGCAGCGGCUGCCCGGCCGCGGCAUCAAGGCCAGCCCACACGUCGACUCCCGGCUCAAGGUGCUCAAGCGCAAGUUCCACGCGAUCAAGGAGAUGCUCGCGUCGCCGGGGUUCUCCUGGGACGGCUCCAGGAAGGUCGUCCGGUGCGAGAAGCAGCGAUACGAUGAGUACUGCAAAGAUAAUCCUAGAGCUAGGGGGAUGUAUGGUGUUCCAUUUCCGCAUUUCGAUGUGUUUGAUGCGGUGUAUGGCAAGGAUAGAGCCGCUAGAGAAGUGGUGGAAGUGUCCGAGGAGGCGACCGCCGACAUGGAGAAUGGGAAUACGAGUGAGGCCGGAGAUGAUGAAGGGGAGGAAGAUGGGGUGUCCGAUGGACCGUCCGGCCGACCCUUGGACGCUACGUCGAGCUAUGAGAAACGGAAGAAUUGUAAGUAUGGCGGUAAGAGGAAGAGGGCUGAAUCGAAUUGCCUGUCUUCGGACACGUUGAAGGAUGUGCGUGGUCACUAUCAGCGCGCCAGCCAGCAUGUCGACACGAUGGCGGAAGCGAUGGAGCUGUUCAAGGAUGUACAUCGUCACUUUCAGAGCGUUGUUCAGCAUGUCGGCGCAAUGGCAGCGGCAAUGGAGGCGUUCAAGGGCGCAUAUGAUCAAUUCCAGAGCGUUGUUCAGAAUGCGAGCACCGCCACAACAGCCUUGGAGCAGUUCAAGGAUGCACAUGAUCAGUUUCGAAGUAUCACCCAGAAUGGCAGCGCGACUGAAGCAGCUAUUGAGCCUCAUGCUGAUCUGCGAGAAAGGUUGUCGCCUGAGGUGCCCCAACAGGAUGCCAGAGUAAGGGCCAUUGCCGAGAUGCAAAAGCUUGGGUUUACCGGGAGCGAGGUGGUCAGCGCUGCAAGUGUUUUCGCAAAGGAACCCGACCAGAUGGGCAUGUUUUUGGCACUCCCUGAAAUCUACAGGAGGGAGUACAUACUCAAGAUGCUCAAUGGUGUGCAAUCUCGCCAUUUUUAGCUUAAGGCGGCAUGGGAGGAGUGAAGCUCUAGAAGCUCUAAUUCAGUCUAGUUGCAGGAAUGGCAAUUGAAAUUUUGGGAGUAGCACAUGUGUAAAUUGUUACUCCCUCCGUUCCAAAUUACUCGUCAUGGUUUUAGUUCACGACGAGUAAUUUGGAACGGAGGGAGUAUAUAUCUAGCGUCCAUCUUAAGUGUUCUAACAGGCUAUCCUGUUAACUGAGUAGCCUUGGCAUUCCUUUCCUUGCACCGGGCUCAGUGGAAGAUGGUACGGCCUGAGGCCCUGGGUAAUGGGCAACCUGUCCGAUUCCAACAGCAUUCCAAUCCAUUCUGAGUCUUUGAUUCCCUGAG